AUGUCGUGGCAAGCAUACAUUGAUACCAGCCUCGUCGGCACCGGUCACAUCGCCAAGGGCGCCAUCAUCAGUGCCGCUGGCGACAGCGCCUGGGCCACUUCCGCCGAUCUCCAGAUCAAGCCUGAGGAGAUGAAGGCUAUUUCCGCCAUCGUCAGCGGUGACAACGCCGCCAAGGACAAGGCCUUUGCCGAGGGUCUCUUCAUUGCCGGCGAGCGAUACGUCUUGGCCAGAGCCGAAGACCGAAGCAUCUACGCGCGAUCUGGACGCAACGGUGUCGCCAUUGCCAAGACGAAGCAGGCUAUUGUCAUCGGCCAGCACGGCGAGGCCCAGAUUGCUGGCAACGCCAGCUCCACCGUCGAGGGCCUUGCCGACUACCUCAUCGGCCAGGGCUACUAA